AUGUCCAUCAUCGCAGACAGAGUCAGAGACAGGACCCUCACUCGAGAUGAUUUCAAGGACUUGACCAGUGGCGAUGAUAUCAACAAGCCAGUGGACGGCAAUACGCCCCUUGGUUAUGCUGUUUUGAACGGGGAUACUUACGCAGUCCGCCUUCUCAUUAACCACAAGGCCAGCGUCAAACGAAAGUCCCCCAAUGGUCUCUCUGUGCUCCAUAUGGCAGUUGAUGCCAAGGAGAAUGCAGCGCGGGUCGUCAAGAUCCUCCUUGAGAGCAAGGACAUCAAUGUAGAUGAAGAAGACGACUCCUUUCCCCAUGACACUCCUCUUAUGCGGGCGUUGAAGAAUAACCCGGAUCCUGUGAUCAUCAAAGCUCUCAAGGACCGUGGGGCGUCCGUCACCACCCCGAACAGCAAGGGCGAGACAGCGCUGGAUCUGGCAGAUCGCCUUCUCAACUCCAAAGCCAAAGAGGCUCUUGUUGCCCCGGAUCCCCAAAACCCAACCGGGAUCUCGCUUCCACGGUUCCUCGUUUCGUCGGCCUUCCUCUUGCUUGAUUACCUCUCGCCUCGCAAGUACCUGCAAGACAGUGUCAUCGCAGCCUUCAAGAUGAUCUACGAUCAGAUUGUUGUGCCUCGCAUGACGUCGCCGGUAUCAACAUACCCAAAGACGAAGCCUGAAUUGAAAGCUAUACUAGAGGAUGUUGUCGCAACGCAUGGCCUGGAGAGCUUUUUUGGACCCAACAGUCCGGUCCUGCAGAGUAUUCUCCUACAGGCAUAUACGGUUGUGAACAAUCCGGCUCUCAACCUACAGCUCACUUCUCAAGCCGUGAGUUCACAGUUCCACAUGGCUUUAUACCAGCCUAUCAUCUAUUGCGAUGACAGUAGAUCCAUGCUGGAGGAAAAUCGAUGGCCGACACAGGCUGACAUUGUCAGUGAGAUUGCGGAUAUAAUGUCACUGUUCUCGCCAAGUGAAAGAGGCACUCACAUCCGCUUCAUCAACAAGUCCAGCCCUGGCUUGGAUGACCUCAAGGGAGACGCCCUCAAAGCUCAGAUGAACUUCGCUCCGGACGGUAGCACCAAGAUUGGGACAAGCCUGAACAGCAAGAUUCUCGAGCCGUUCAUUUACAGCAAGACUAAUGUAGGAGCAGCUUUUGAGCGCCCAGUUCUUGUUAUCAUCAUCACGGACGGGUGGCCUACAGAAGAGCCGGUAGACACCCUGCAGAACGCCAUCAUUACCUGUCAGCAGAGAUUGCAAGCUGCCAAUCACCCUCACGAUGCUGUUAUAUUCUCAGCCAACCAGAUCGGCAGUGCACCACAAGCUGCCCAAUUCCUGAGCGGCUUGAUGGCAGUUAGCCAACAGCCGGCUUUCGAUGGUGUGCUCCGCGUCUCAGCAGAGAGAUUGGACACACAGUUCCAACAGCUGAGAAACAACAGAGACGAUCUCUUUUACUGGAUUGAGAAAGUGUUGUUUGGCUAA